UGCCGAGAAAUUCUCAGAAGCUGUAGACAAAGCAGCAGAACGAAUAGAGGCCGUUAUUCCAAGGCAUUAUGCCCGUUGGGGAGCAGAAGAAAACGACUGGUAUGAAGAAGUGGAUAUCGUCAAAACCUACGUUGAAGAAAGACCACCCUUUGCCCUAUCUCAAGUUCAGCAGUUUCAUGGUUUGGCUGAUAAAGCCAAUAUUCAACUGAAUGUUUAUCCGCCACAGGCGGGAAAAAUCGAUUUGAAUUCCAUUUCGUUGAGGAAAUUCCCAUUCAAGGGUGUGUAUUUUGAAGACAUUGCCAUCCAGAUGGAAAUAGUCGAAAACCCUGGUUUCGAGUUCAGUCAUUGGGAAACCAACAGAACUGAUUUUGACGGGUCAACGGCAUAUAGCCGAAAGUUUUUCCCCACAAAUGGAGAUACGGUUACGGCCAUUUUCUCGGGUUCGAGCCAAUACAACGAACUUGAGGUUUAUCCCAACCCAUCGAAUGGCAACUUUACGGCACAAUUUGUAACCGAUAAGCGCCAGAAGGUUCAAGUGCUGCUUUACGAUUUGACUGGCUCGCUCAAGAAAGAAUUAUUCAAUGGUCAACUUUUGGGUGGAACACAUCAAUUAGACCUCGAAAUUCAAGAGUCGCUUCAAGGAAUUUACUUUCUCACCGUUCUUACAGAACGAGAAAGAUUCUCUGAGAAAAUCGAUGGAACUGUUAAGGAAACUGGAUUCUUCAAGGAUGGUAUUCCAGAAGGAAAAUGGUUGACGUUUGCGGCAGAUGGAGAGAAAACGGCUGAGCUGAACUACCAAGAUGGAAAGCGCCACGGAGAGUUCCGAGUAUGGGAUGAAUUUACCCAAGCUUACAUGGAGAUUAGCUAUGUUAACGGAGAAAUGAUAAAGGCAAACAAAUGGGUUAAAGCAGAAGAUUUUGCUUCAAUAAACAAAUAA